UGUUAGUUUAUGAUAGACUCCAGGGAAUGCACUGCAAUUAGGAAUUUUUUGGUGUCUCUCCAGGACAGAGAACUGCAAAAAACUCUGUAAUGGAGCAUUUAAAUAUUAACUUGAUAACUCAAAGUUCAUGAUGAAGCUGUGACAUUUAUUUGCAGGGGCUAGAUUUAGCCCAACACUUUUCUGAACUCCUUACACACAGCCAUUUGUGAUUCCAGCAUAGAGAAGAUAUAUGACAACAGAUUAGAGACGAUCUGAAACUAAAUCAUGGAAGGAGGAGAGCUACCUGGGCUUUUGGUAAAUGAAAUAGGAGGAAUGCAUGGGGUACUGCAUAGCCACACGGAAUUCCUGAAGAGACACUUCUACCUCAUCACCAUGAAGGAAUUGCUUGAAGACAGAAAGUACUUGAGGGAUAAAGUCCAAGCAAUCUAUUUGUGGUGGCACAAACCAGUCGUUGAUCGAGAGCUCCUCCAGAGCCUGCCAAACUUGAAAGUGAUUGCAAAUUCAGGAGUAGGGAUGGAUCACCUGGAUCUGAAACUUAUAGCUGGCUUUGGUGUGAAAAUGGCUAAUGCUCCACAUGCUGUCUCCAACAGCACCGCAGAUACCGGGAUGGCUUUACUGCUGGCAUCUGCUAGAAGAAUAAUAGAAGGCUGUCGUGUUGCAGUUGCUCCAAAUGUGGAAUAUUGUGAAGCUGAUCUUCUGGGAGUUGAAGUUACCAGAGCUACUCUGGGGAUCAUUGGAAUGGGCAGCAUUGGGUAUAAGAUUGCUCUGAGAGCCAGAGCAUUUGAAAUGAACAUUUUGUACCACAACAGGACACGGAGGAAAGAGCAGGAAGAGCAACUUGUUGGUGCCACCUAUUGUGGAAAGCUGGAGAGCUUGCUCCAGCAGUCAGAUUUCGUGAUGGUGGUGGUGAGCCUGACCCCUCAGACACGCAAGCUGAUUGGGAAGAGGGAGAUGGAGCUCAUGAAGCCCACGGCUACUCUCAUUAACAUCAGCCGAGGGGCAGUGGUGGACCAAGAGGCGCUGGUGAGUGCUCUCCAGGACGGUGUCAUCAGGGCUGCCGCUUUGGAUGUCACCUACCCGGAGCCGCUGCCCAGAGAUCAUCCAUUAUUAAAAUUAAAGAAUGUCAUAAUAACACCCCACCUUGGCAUUAAAACAGAGAAGACGGCUCGCAUGAUCACAGAGGAAGCAGUUGAAAACAUCCUAGCAGCUCUUCAUGGUCUCCCUAUGCCCAAUGAAGUGCUCCCAAACUGAAGUGCGAAAGGAUAUUGGAGCUCUAAAUGCUUCUGUUUUUCCCACUGAGAAUGACCUGUUCCAAGCAGGCAGAGAAAGCUUUGACUGAGUCUGAGAUUUUAUUAAAAAAAAAAAUAAAAACCUUAUGAAAUAGAGG